AUGGCUUGCACUGGCUUCGCAGAGCCGAUCACCACUCUCGUCCCGGCGCUCAGCAACGAAUCGAACUUCAACGUGUGGAACACUUCACUUAGGUGGGCACUUGAUGCGCGCGACAUCAAGUACUACAGACUUCUCACUGGCUCAUACCCAAAACCAGGUGCUGUCGACAUGAUGAAUGCUUCUCCCAGUAGGAUCGAGGCUUGCAGAAGCUGGGAGAAUACCAGCCGCCAGCUUCUUCCUUUGCUCAACGCGACCGUCCAUCCUACAAUCAGACAUUACAUUCUGGAUGCCCCUGACGCGCAUGCCGCGUAUGAGAUUCUUUCUCGUGCCUUCGGAGCCCAAUCCCACCAGCCCAGCCAGUCCCAUCAUUCUAACUUGGCGACCUACACCAGAUUCGUGAACUUGAUAUACGACUCCAACAGCCCCCGGGCCUUUGUCAAGGAGUGGCGUCUCGCCCUGGAGGAGCUACAAAAGUCAGUUCCAACCAAGUUCCCACCUGUAUUUGUCUUCUACCAGUUCUUUGUGGCUGUGUCAGACAAUCCAGCCACCCAGAAGUGGUUCGACCUUGACCAAUUUCUGAGCAAGUCAGAAGGAUUCACCACGACAGGACUUGAACGAAUCUUCAGCCUUUUUAUUUCCCUUGAGGAGAAGCGCCUCAAUGAUGCCAAGCCAUCUGAGUGCUGGGGUUCCAGGGAGGACAAGCUGCGGGAGAAGAGUUCCUUUGAGGACUUCGGCAAUCCUUUCUUGACAAAUUCAUCCGGUAUGGAUCGAACGGGGCGAAACAGUUCUUUGAGCCACGAUAACUCUGACAAUGUCUCCGUCCGACGUUCCAAGCGCCAUAGUAACUCGCAUAAAACAGGAUGGGACGCUCAUCGAGGCUAUGGAUUUGGUACCUUGUAA